UAACACGAUGCACCAAAGUAGGAAGUACUCACCGAUGGCUCUGGAUUUCGUUAAUAAAUCAGCACUGACACAGAGGACGAAGACGGUGGACUAUAGUCGAGGGGAAUUGUUCAAACCGCCCAGGGUGCACCAUUCGAAAGUCAAUGGAGUCAGAGCCGUCCGGAGGCAUAUCUCUCCUCCAAGUCGCAGUCUGGAGGGCAUCGAGGCAGUCUGGAGCGAGAGAAGAGCAGGCUCGUUACCAAACCUUGUAGAGAGAAGACCGGAGCCGGAGAGCAGACCGGGCCCGGUGAAGGUGAUGAACCCCUCCGAGAACGGCUGCCCUGGCCGCGGCAGUAGGAAAAGGGGUUUCAAGCCCCCGGAUGUGAGGACCAUAUUCUCCCAAAGUGAGAGAAACCCCCGGGCGAGGGAGGAGAGGGGGGAAGGACACACUUUCUACCUAGGUCUUUCAGGCGCAUGGUGCGAUGUGUGCUGCGAGUACAUCCUCCGCUUCUCCCUGAUGUGUUCAGUGAUCCGCCGCUCGGGACGCCUGGAACUAAGCCUGCUUUGGAGGAACUCUGGGUGUAAGUACACUUGUCACCCAGAGUGUCGAGAACGAGUGUCGUUGGACUGUCACCCCGGUGGUCCUGGUACCGUUGACACCCCCCUCAGCCAGGACCACCUCAACGACGAGACACAGCCCACUGAUGUUGUGCAGGAAAGGGAGUUACGGACUCAUCUCAGCAGAGAGGAGAUCAGACAGAAGGUCGAGCUGUACAACAACUCCUCCAAGGACCACCUCAAAAUGACGCUGAACCCCAGUGGUGUGUAUACAGGGUUCAUCAAGGUGCAGUUGGAGCUGAGGAGACCCAUCACUGUACGAGGAGGUGGGGGAGGAGAGGAGGCCUUCUACCUCCCCCAGGGGGCGACUAACACUCUUCACAUCAGCUCCAACAACACCAUACGACAGGUGAUCCAGGCCCUGUUGACCAAGUUCACCGUAGCUGACAACCCUGCUAAAUAUGCCCUGUACAAACGCUGCCGCAGGGAGGAGCAAGUGUACAUGUGUAAGCUGUCGGAGGGAGAGCAUCCGUUGUUCCUGCGUCUGCUAGCAGGUCCCAACACCGACACACUAGGCUUCGUCCUGAGAGAACAGCAGACUGGCGAGGUCAUGUGGGAAGCGUUCUCCAUCCCAGAGUUGAGUAACUUCCUGAGGAUGCUGGAGAAGGAGGAGACUGAGCGGGUGUGUUCCGUGACGCGUCGCUACGACAACUACAGACUCAAACUGAAGGAGGCCAUGAGCGCAGCAGGGGGGCCGGGGUAACUACUGCCCCUGGAGGAGAGGAGGAGAGGGCUGGGAACCAAAAGCCAGUCUGAGGGACACUGAGGGGGAAACUGGUCCAACCUGAUUCAGAAACUGGAGAGACAGACAGCUGGAAUUAACUCCAGAUUGCACCAGUGGGCCCUGUGUGCAAUACACUGGAUGGACAAUAGAGGGGAGCAGAGGGCAGUGGUUCCACUGCAGUCAGCCUGGACUUCAUUCAGGAGCACUCAAGUGACUAGCUCCAUGUCUUUACUGAGUAGGCCUACACCCUGUGUGCCAUGUUCACUCUUCUGUUCACUCUCUUCCCAUCCUUCUGGGAUCCUUCUAGUGCAUUCUCUGUAGUUGUUUUUAUUAUUUUAGAAUGACAUUUUUGAACGUGAAUGACUCAAACCCCAAAAUAAUUGAUUCAAUUUAUUUGUGCUUUCUAUUUAAUUGGAUGCGUUGGUUUGUACAUAUUGUCAUUUUAAUUUAUGUGGGUGACGCUUUGUUCUGUUUCUUUGCUGAAAUGGUUUUAUUGUGUUCUAUGAAGGUGUGGCAGCAAUCCAACUCCUACAGGGACCUAGUGAGCUCAUUUAUUUCUCACAGGGGCGCACUGAAAACACAUUGACAACAAAGGCUAGACUGUUUUAUGGAAGUGACUCUGUAUUUUAGGUAACUGAGCGAUAGAGAAGAUGAGUGAUUGUAUUUAAACUGAGGGUUGUGAUGGUCUUGAAAGGAGAAGAAUAUUUGGUGUAGAGUCUGAGAGUCACAAGCUGUUUGGGGUUUAGAGGUCAGAAUGGGCGUGUUACAGCUUGUGACCAGACUGACAGUUAGUGGAGUUUGAGCUGACCUCUGGACAUGCCGUGAGAAUGGAAAGAUUUUGGGAAGUUGACUAAUGGUUUUAGAGGAGGUAGAGAAGAAAUGUAGAAAGCUGUGUAAGGAAAAACCUGAGAAAUUAAAUGGAUGUGACAAACGAGGGUUUUUGGAGUUCCGUGUUAAGAGAUUGUUGAUGCCGAGAAAGUUCAGGGCCUAGUUUAAACCACCUCUGUGCCAGGCCUGUGGCCACAGAUAACAUGUUUAGGAAUAGCAGCGAAUGACAAUGGCUAUAUUGUUCCUGUUCCUCUGGUAUUCAUUUAACAUGGCUACAUCUGUCCUAAUCUGCUGUAGGGCUGGUAAGAUAAAUGCUUUAAAUCAGCCUUCCAUUGCACCAGCGUGUGAACUCUGAACCCUGAAGCAAAGCUGCAUGUGACAUGCUCUCUGCAUGGAUGUGCUAACAGACCAAAGAAACUAGUCCGUUAUCGUGGAGAUGAAGUCACAUGACCAUGUGUUCAUCAGUCUCCUAGACUAGGAGAGAGGCUAGAACUUGUUGCUCUGAGAAGUUCAUUUGAACCGAGACUGUCCAUCUAUUGCAAAGUACAAUCAUUUCAAUGGACAGAGCAACAAGUGAGUGCAUUUUGGGCCAUCAACCCUUAGCACCGUAUCAAAACAACACUGACCAAAUGCAAGACUAUAUGUUGAAUUGGCAUGUUUAAAAGCCUUGUUGUUUAUCAGUACUAUAUGACGUUUUUCUGAUGGUACUGCAUUAUUUGCCAUGUUUAUCUCUAUAGAAGAGUAGUGGUGUGGUUAUAUAGCCCCACCUUAUGGAUAUAUGCUGUAACUGUCCUCUCGGUCUUCACCUGCAUCAAACUGUUUCUCUAAAGCCUGUUGGUGAUAUGAUGUGCUGUUGCUUUCUCUUUUUCUGUUCUAUAACUGAAGAUAUUCUAAAAUGUUUAGAUUUAUUUUAGGUUUUGCCUGGUGCAAGCUCUUAGAGGCCUCGUAAAAAUUAAGGGAAAAUGUUAUAGCUAGAGUUUAUAAGGGGUUACACACCCUGAACUUAAUUUGUUUAAUCACUGUGUUAAUGGAGUUAGAUAUGGUAAAAUAAUCUAUCAUAUUUUAGAUCCUAAAGCCAUUAUUUUCUUUGUAAGCCCUGCUAAAUGGUGUUGCAAAGCACAGUGUUACAUUGACAGAUACCACUGGCCCUGUGUUAGCAAGUUAGAGGUCUGCACAUCUCAGCAUCAGGGCUUUGAACCAGACCAGUUCAUAUCUAUCUCCAGCGCUCCUAUCGGACCAGUUUACUGUCUACUGAAGCUUCUGGGCACUUUACCUUUUAAUUCAGGGAUUUUUCUUUUCUCCAUUUACCAGAUGCCGAUCUUCCACUAUUCUAAUUCUAGACAAUGUUUCAUAAUUAGGCCUUUCUUAUUGAAAUACGAGUGGCUUUUAUGAAAGAUGUUAGGUGUUUCUAAAACUUGAUAUUUAUACAAGCUCCUGUAUGAUUUGUUAGACUGUGAAAGUUGGUUUAUCUUCAAUUUGCAUCAUGUUAUGGGCGGUGCUGUCUGGUUGGCUUUUACGUCUGUAGGAAUAUGACUGCUAAGGUAACCCAUAUAAAUAUACUAUAAUGCAUGCAUUAUCUACUCUAAUGCAUAUAGGCCUACUAUGUGGCCUUCAUGGAACCGUAGGCCAGUACUGUUGAACUUGGAAAUGUAUGAACAAUUUAUAUAGAUAUUCGUAAACUAGAUAGAUACGUAACUCUAUUUGCCAAAGAUCGCCCCCCCCCCCCCCCGUCUCUUCAGCUAUGCUCUUGUAAUGUUCUAUGCUGCAGUGCUAUAUGCAGAGACUGUAAGAUCUAUACCUGGAAUGAUUCUGCUGACAGUGUUAGUUAUGGUUCAGUACCAAGAUGUGGAUGAACACAGCAGCUAUGGGCACAGCUUGGAGGAGACCGGAUGCAACUAACAUGUUAUAAUGAAAAAGACUUUGCUAUAUUCUAUUUAUAUUAUUGAUGAUGCAGGUUUAUUUUUGUAGGUAACUGUUUAUUUUUGGAUUGUUACCAAAUGUGGCCUUUACUUCUCUAAAGGACUGAAUUCAUCUAUUAAAGUUUAAAUUGUA